AUGGGUACCAACGAACAACAUCCAUAUGAACCAUUACCAUCCAACUCAUCUCAAUCUCAUUUAUAUCCACCACCACCAUCAUCAUCAUCUCAUCAUCCAUCAUCAAAUUCCAUCAAGUUCAAUCAACUCUCAUCAAACUCAAUCGGAUCAAAACCUUUAUCUCAAAUAGGAUUCAAUCUCCAUCAUCAAUCCAAUGGAUCUUAUCAUCAUCAUCAUCAUCAUCCAUCAAUUUCAAAUCAAAUCCAUCUUUUAAAAAACCAAUCUUUUAAUCUUAGUACUCUUUCAUCUUUAGCUAAAGAAACUAAAAACUUUAGAAUUCAAGGAUGGGAUCCGAUUUUGAUUAUCACUCAAAUCCUUCUUUUACAAUCACUUCAUUACCUAACACUUUCGAUCCUCAUCCCUCCUCUCUUGACAAUCUUUGCCAAACCGAUCCCAUUAGAAUACGAAGGAGGACCGGCAAAUGUAGGUAUGAUUAUGGAUUGGCGUGAGAUGGUUGGAUAUGGUACUUUACAUCAUUCUUCAAAUCGAUUAGGUGGUUGGGCUGGCUAUGGUAAAUUACCGGAUUCAUUGGGUAGACGUCCACUCAGGGUCGGAUCGAUUUUGCCUUCUAUGAAAAUCGAAUCGGGUUUGGGUCAACGGGCGAAUGGAUUGGUGGAUCGGAUCGAACGUGGAUUAGGAAUCGAUUGGGCUAAGUCGCUGGAAGAUUCAAUGUCGAUUGAUUUGGCUGCUGAUCCGAAUCGUGCUUGGGUUUUGGCGGCGGCUUGGUUGAUGGCUAGUCUGGUUGGGGUUUGGUACUUGUAUCAUAUCGUACGAAGACCGAUCCAUAUCAUGGAUCAUUCCUUAACAAUAGUGUUAAAUCAUUUAAUCUUAACCACCUAUUAUUCAUCAUCAUUUCCUACUUCGAUUUGGUUUUAUUCAAUCUUGGUUUCUAGUUCGGUUUUACAAAUCAUUUGGGCGGAGAAUUUGUGUGUGAAACGUGAGAUGAGAGAAGGAUUAGGAGUAGGAUGGAAGAUUGAUCAAAGACCUGAAGAUGAUCAUCAGAUGAGAUUGAUGAAUGAUGUGGGAUCGGGAGGUGUUUUGGGUUUGUCGUCAGUAGUGGGUCAUCAGUUUAAUGAAGUGGUUGUAAAUGUGAAGAAAGUAGAUGAAAAUUCAUUGAAUGAUGAGUGA